CGCAGGCACCUCCAGCUACAGCCGCCCGAGCGACGAGCUGCCCCGCGCAGGCGAGGGGAGUCGCCUUCUUGUCUUUCGGUUUGUUUCCAAAAGACUACAAAGUCCACGGAGCAAAGCAGCAGCAGCAUGGCUCAACACAACACGGCGACGGUGAACAUGGCUGGAACGUCGGGGACAGCGUCGCACAGCCCGCUUGCUUGACCAGAAAGUAACGGUGGCGCGACCGACGUCCGCAAAAACCGGAGCGCGAACCCAGCUCCAAUUCAUGCGUGGUCGUGCGCGGUUUUGUUUUUAGCCAAGUGUUUCGAAGUUGAAGCCUCAAGUCGUGUUCGGCGCACGAGUGAAAAUGGACCGAGGUGGCUGCCAGAUGAGCGGUGGCGGCGGUGGAGGCGGCGGCGGCGGCGGCGACGGGCCCGACCGAGGCGGCAUGAUCUCGCUGGAGGACCUGGAGUCCUUCUCCGAGGACCAGCUGUCAGAGUCGCGCAGCCUGGAGGAGGAAGCGGAGGUCAUGGAGGAGGACGAGGAUUCGGACCAGCUGCUGCAUUACUGGCAGGACAUAGCCAGGGGACACCAGGUGGAUGUUUCUCAAGAUAUGGCAGAACCCAUUCAGCAGCUGACCAGCAACAAUGAAGGACGCAGCACCAGAGAAACCAUCCCAUUCACUCUGCUUGCACAGAGAGAAAAGUGCGGAAAACUGCUCUACGAGAAACGCCACUAUGAAAAGGGUCACUGGGCUUGUAUAACAAUGCGUGAGGACACUUAUGAACAGAGCAUCUGUUAUGGUUUUAUGAAGAUAAUGAGAUACAUCUGCAAGCAGAAUUCUGUAGGCAUCUACCUGGGCAUGACGCUCCCCAUCGUGACGAUAGUACGCACAGAUGAGAACCACUCUCAGAUCUCCCAUGAUGUCACCGUGGCGUACUACCUUCCUAUUGAGCAUCAGGCCCAGCCCCCACAACCUGGUGACAGCGAGAUCCGCAUAGAAAGCUGGCCCAUCACUGUGGUGUAUACGAGGCCCUUCACCGGUCCCACCAAUGAAGUGACCAUCAUUGACCAGAUCAACGGCAUGGCAGAGGUGCUAGACUCUCCCAGCUUGUGUGUCAACGACUCAUUCAUUGUGGCCGGCUACACCAACCCUGCCCACAGCAACCGUCACAACGAGAUCUGGUUCCUGGAGCGACACUGAGGGACGGGAGGACGUAGCAGCAUCCUUGUAUCUGUGACCUUGAGCCUAAUAAAGACUCCCUUAACACUGCCCCAACCCAGCUACAGCCUCAGGUGCAAAAACCCCCUCUGUAGUCAGUCACCACCGCUACGUGAAACCACCACCAGCCCAUCCCACUCCACAGCAGUUCAGUCUUGAUUUAAAAGAAAAAAAGAAAAACUCAAACCUACUCAAACCCCAGGGAAUUUUCAGUCACGUUCAUUUAGUCAUGUCCUCAUCUCACCUCUAACAGCUGAACUAAACUACUGCCAUUCGCUCGUGGACAUAACUCAACUGCAGUGUAGCAUUCAUCUCCUGCUCUCACAGAGAUGACUAGAACCUUUCCUAAGCACAGUGCUCUCUCGUUAAAGUCGCUCUCACAGUUUUAACUCCUCGCACUCAUUGAACAUAGUAACCAUCGAGAGAAAGAUGUAACAGCAGCAUGUCUUUUUUUUCCUCCCACUGCGGAAACAGGCUCCCAGUGGAUAUGCAGCCUUAUUAUUACCCCCUUUUCCGUUUGUUGCAAAGCUACAAUGUCUUGUCAUGUGGGGUGAAAUUCAAUUCAAAAAAAAAUUUAUGUUUCUCUGUCGUUCUCAAGCUUUCUGAAUUGAUUUCAACUCCGACACUAUUGAUCCACUACAGAUAUAAGCUCACUACACUAUUGCUUUAACAAUAAGUGCAAUACUUACAAGACCAGCAACAACAAGCCAGUCACAACAGUUCCUGGGACUCUGACAUAGCCCAUUUUAAGGGUGCGUUCAGUUGCAGGUAUUGUGGGUUGGGAACAGUAGCGCAACACAACAUCCGGUCCAGAACCGGUCACUUAAACCAGAAAUACACUCGCACACAAUACGUUGACAACAAUGUAGGCGACAAACACACAUGAAUGUAACGUGGUCAUGUGUGUUUGUGCAUGAAUGUAUAGCUACAGGGAGAGAGGGCGAGGACAAACGCAACACUUCUAGCCACACUACUAGAAACCAAAUGCUGAAAAACUCACUGAUCCUACUGCUGAAUGACAAUCAUAAAGUACUUAUUAUAUGUACAUUAUUUUCUUCAGAGAAAACGAUGUAACAAAACCAAUGCAUUCCUCAUGCUUCAAGGCACAUUCACACACAGGAAUAAUAAGUAUGUACCUCUUUAUCAUGUUCUUUCUAUUGCUACUCUGUGUCAAUGUUAGUGAGUAUGCAUUCAGUACUGUAUCGCAAAUGCCACUGCUUCUGAGUAGGAACAGUGUUACCAAGAAAAUUAGAGCACAAAGAAUACCUCUACUGUGAUUAUACUCUUACUAAAUAGACCGCGAUUGAAUUCUGUUUUUAGUUCAAGCUGUAUUUAAUGUUCUAUCACCAAUAUAAGAAGACAAAGUGAAAGAUGUAUGUUUAUCUUUGCUAUAUUUUGAAAUAAAACGUACCAGUAACAUGCAAAAAGAAAGAAAGGAAAAAAAAAAAAAAAUCAGGAAAGCAAAGCAUCAAACCAGCUACUUCUAGAGCUCACAGUAAUACAGGAAUGUUCCUGCUUUGGAAAUUCAGGUACUGCUUGGGUGUCAAUGAAAUUAAACUGGAAGUCAACGAUAACCAAAUCAUAAACGUGUGAGCAUUUUAAGAAAGAAAACGAACGCGACAUAAAAUAUUAUUAAAUGCGUCUGCUCAAAUUGAGAGAAAUCUUGUUUUAUCUAAUUUAAACAACAAAAGUGUAAAUUGACAGAAGAAAGUUUAUAUUGGAGUUGGGAAAGUUUCUCAGCCUUUUAAAGUCCAAACCAGAAUUUAUUUUUGAUGUAAUGAUUAAAGCGUCGAUAUGAUGCUCUGUGACAACCGUAGUGUGCAAACACUUACAAAGCCAUGAUACAUGUAGGUUUCGUUUCCCUUUUAAGAGCCUGGUUAUAUGGGAACAUCAAGUGUGAGGAUCUAAUUUGUUUUCCCUUUUUUUUGCUUAAUUUUGUUAGUGUUUUGCAAACGUGUGCAGUACUGUGAACGUUCAAGUGCAUCAACAAGAGCUACUGUGGUUUUCUUUGUUAAAUAAAAAUGUGCUUGUCUCCUGUCUUUUGAAAAA